UCAUUGAUCUGAUAAAUGUUAAAUUUAGUGAAUGUUAUUGUUUAUAUUAAAUUUAUAUACAAAUAUUUUUAUACUCCAUAUUACUGAAUAACAAUAAUAAUAAUAAUAACAAAAAUAGAAAAUGAUGACAGAUAUGGAAGAAGCAGAAGCAAGGGAAUUUCAAUCACAAAUUAAAAAACGUAAUAGUGAAGAUGAUGGAAUGGACUUUAAAGAUGCCGUAAAGAAAUUAGCUGAAGGAUUUUUAAAUCAGUAUCAAGUACAAUGGGAACAAACUGAAAAAAAACUUGAUGAAGUAAGGAAUAAGCAGGAGACUUUACUCAAUCAAAUGCAAAUUGAGAAUAAAAAAUUUCAAAAUGUUUUUGACGAUGUCAAGCUAAAUGAAAUGUUCCAAACAAUUAAAGUUAGUCAAAGUAAAUUAAUUUUAAUGAAAAAAGAAAUGGCUUCCAUUCAUGAGAGAACAUUUAGAUUAAAAAAACGAGCAUUAAAAUUACAACAAAUGAUACAAAAAGAAGCCUUGAAUAGAGAACAACAACGAGAACAAGAAAUUCGUCGGGAACAAGAAUUAAUUGGUAAACCAGUAUUAGGUUAAAAAGAAAUAAUCUUCCAGAGAGGUAAACAGUAUGAACAAAGAUACAUAGAUGUAUAAAAGCAGAUUAUAAUUAUACACACAUCAUUUACCAUAAAUUG